AUGUCUAAAAAACACUUCUUCAGUGACGGUAAUGGCCUUGUUGUCAAGGCUCUAGAGAACCUCGUCAAUGCUAACCCAUACCUUGAUUUUAUCCCCUCAGAAAAGGUUAUCUACAAUCCUUACCAUUCCAAGGAUAAAGUGUCAAUUAUUUCAGGAGGUGGUUCUGGUCAUGAACCUGCCUGGUCUUCAUAUGUUGGCAAUGGAAUGUUAACUGCUGCUGUCAAUGGUGAUAUCUUUGCCAGUCCUAGUGCCAAGCAGGUCUUGAGUGCUAUAAAAGUAUCUCCAUCUGAGAAAGGAGUAAUUUUGGUAAUUACAAAUUACACUGGAGACAAAUUACAUUUUGGUCUUGCUUGUGAGAAAGCCAAGGCUCUUUCAUUAAUUCCUUCCAAUGCCAAGAUCGCCCUGUUGCCCAUUACUGAUGAUGCUACCCUUCCUAAAGGUUCAGCAUCAAUCGACACAGUCGGCAGAAGAGGUUUGGCUGGUAAUGUUCUAGUAUUGAAGGUUUUGGGAGCGUAUGCUGAUUCUGGAAAAUCGUUUGAUGAAUGUAUGGACUUGGGACGCAGUAUGAAUGCCAACACUGUCACUUCUGGCUCAUCUCUUGACCACUGUCAUGUUCCAGGAAGAUCAAGCCAUGAAGAGAUCCCAUUAGAUUCCUGUGUGUUGGGAAUGGGUAUUCACAAUGAAAAGGGAUUAAAACAACUGACCCCUAUUCCCCAGCCUGAAGAACUAGUUGGCAUGAUGAUUAAUUUCCUCGUUGACCCUGCUGAUACAACCAGAUCUUUUGUCAAGUUCCAGCCAAAUGACUGGGUCAUUUUGUUGGUCAACAAUUUCGGCGGGCUUUCAGAACUCGAACUUAGUAGUCUUUCUCGAGUCGCUACUCAAGUACUCAAUGAUAAGUGGAACAUCACUCCCAAGCGAAUCUUAUCGGGAACAUUUGAAACUUCUCUUAAUGGCCCAGGAUUUUCCAUCUCACUUUGCAAUAUCUCAAAUGUAGCAAGAGAGACGAAGCUUUCUGAGCAGUAUAUUUUUGACUUGCUUAAUGAACGUUGUUCUGUUCCCGGAUGGCCACAAUAUGUUGCAAAUGACUAUAAAGACCUCAGCAGAACCGUAUCAGAAGUGGACGGCAUUAGCGAAUCCAAUGCUGAUAGCCACGAGAAGACUACAUUAGUCAUGGACAAGGAGAGAUUAAAGAACAUAAUUUCACAUGCUUGUCAAAGGGCAAUUGAUAAGGAGCCUAAAUUGACAGAAUGGGAUACUAUCAUGGGUGAUGGAGACUGUGGUAUUGCCGUUAAGGAAACAUCAGAAAAAGUCCUGCAACUAGAUGAUAAAGUAUUCUCCUCAAACAACGUUUUAGAAGUCCUGGGCCAUCUAAUUGAUAUUCUCGAUGAUAUGGGAGGUAGUUUGGGGGCUAUUCUUUGCAUCUGGCUUUCUUCAUUCACUGCCUACCUGUCCCAACAUAAGCUCAAUGCCGAUGGUCUGGACAUUAAGCUGAAUGCUGCUGCUGCCGAGUCUGCUAUGAAUUCAUUAUACCAGUACACCUCAGCUCGUAGUGGUGAUCGUACUGUCAUGGACACUCUGAUUCCAUUUUGUGCAGAGCUAGCUAAAACUCAUGAUCUUAAGAAAGCAUGUGAAGUUGCCCGACAGGCUGCUGAGAAUACCGCAAAUCUCAAAGCUAAGUUUGGAAGAGCGACUUAUGUUGUUUCUGCCGAAAAGGUCCAAGAUCCAGUUCCUGAUCCCGGUGCUUGGGCUGUUUACGAGUUGAUUCAAGGUAUAACUGAUCUAGUGUAA